ACAAAUUUCACUGGAAAUCUGGAAUCAAUGAAAGCAAUGCAUGCAGUACAGUUGGGUUUGGGUGGACUAAGAAACAAGACAAAGUUAAAGCCAAACUAACAAACACACCACAUGGUGUGGUCCCCUCACAAAUUCAUCAAAUCAAAACAAAAGCCCAUUUCCAAUUCCCAUUAUUUUCUCAACCUCCUCCAUUAACUUUCAUUCUCAACCUUAACGAUGAUAAAGCGUUCACUCACCGUUGAUGGCGCUGCGGAUAACAACGUGAAAAGGGCGAAGGAGGAGGAGGAGUACGAUGAUGACAGCGUCGCCGCCACACGUGCGGCGGCGGUGUUUCUCGACGACAACGUUCUGUACGAGGUGAUGAAGCACGUGGACGCGCGGUCGUUGGCGGUGGCGGGGUGCGUGAGCAAGCAGUGGAACAAGGCGGCGCGUGAUGAGAGGCUGUGGGAGAUGAUCUGUACGAAGCAGUGGCCAAACACAGGGUGCGGGCAGGAACAGCUACGCUCUGUGAUCCUCAGUCUCGGUGGGUUUCGUCGUUUGUACCCGCUCUGUGUCUGGCCUCUGUCUAAGCGCCACGUGUCUUCUACUUCUUCUUCUUCAUCAUCUUCUUCUUCUUAUUGGCCUGUUGUUCCAAAGGUGAUUCCUUCUUCCAACCCUCGUUUGGGGAAAGAUGAGGUUCAUCUCUCACUGUCACUUCUCUCAAUUCGGUACUACGAGAAGAUGAAUUUCAAUCAUAAAAACAGAUGAGUAUUUUAGCCUACUUUCAUUUGAGUUGAGUAAUUUUUUGUUCAGUUACUACUUACUAGAUCUGCAUUUUCAUAACUAUUGAAAUUUGAAGGCAAUUAUGCUAUGAUGUUAGUUUGAUUGUGUAAAUUGCAUUGAUUGAGAACUGUAUUGAGAAAAUGUUUAUGGGUUUGGAUGUAUAUUAGUCUAAAAAUGUGAUAAUUCUCAUGGUUCUGCACAUAAGGAAGUCAUAUAAUCAAUUUUGGAAAGCUUAUGGAGCUGUACUGUUUUGGA